AUGAUGGGAUAUGGGGGCCACAGUUACUACCAGCAACAGCAAUCCCAGCAAAAUGCUCAUCCACAGCAGCAGCACAUGCAGUCGCCGGCCGUUGGCGCGGCCGCCGCCCAGCGGCAGAACGCCAAUGCGUUUGGCACUAACAGUUCUCUGUUUCGGCCGCAACAGCAAGCCGAUAUAACGGCUCUCUCGCCCAGUCUCCGCAACAUGACCACCACGACGUCGCAAUCGUUAGGUGGUCUACCAGCCGGGACGAGCUUCAGCUCGUUCUCUGGGCAGUUCCAGCAGCCCACGAGUACAUCGGACUUGCUGUCCAGGAGCACGGACCCAAUCGGGCAACUGAAAAGCCCAUAUCUCUCUUCUUCGCUGCAGAGUCUGCAGAGGAACACGAACCCGGUAGCCAAUUACCGGCAUGUCCCACUGAACUCACAAGCCGCUCUAUCGCCGCAUACGCAGGCGAUGAGUACGUCUUCUCCACAGCAGUCGUUAGAUCGGUUACAACCGCAGCACGUCCAACAUCGACAAUCACCACAUACACACCCUACAGCAUCAACAUCAACACCUACCUCUGCUGCCUCACCAAUGCUCUCGACUAACCCUCAACAGCAACAGCAACAGCAACAGCAACAGCAACAGCAACAGCAACAGCAACAUCAAUAUACGCAGCAGCAGUAUCAGCAAUCUUCUCCAUAUCAACAACAGCAGUCGACCCAAUACCAGCAGCAGACACAGCCGCAAUCACUUUCUCAGUAUCAACCGUCUCAACAGAAAGCACAGCAGCCUACGCAAUAUCGGCAGAACCAGCAGGCUCAGUAUCAAGCACAGCCUCAGCAUUCCCCGUAUCUGUCUCAGACUCAGUAUCCGCAGUAUUCACAAGCACAGCAGCCUCCGUAUCAGCAGCUGCAUAGCUAUCAACAACAACAGCAGCCAGCGCAGCAGCAAGUACAGAAGCCAGCCUCGCAGGUACCGCAGUCGAGUCAGCAAGGUCAACAGAGUUAUCAGCAGCAGGUGCAAAAGCCGUCGGCGCAGCAAGUAUCACAGCCAAACCAGCAGGUCCAACAGAGCUACCAACAGCAGCAAGCUCAGGCUCCAAAGCCAGCUCAGCAGGUACCCCAGUUCAGUCAGCAGAGUUAUCAGCAACCAAAGCCGACCCAGCAGGUCCCUCAAUCGACCCAGCCGGCUCAGCAAAGCUACCAGCAGCCGCAGGCGCAGAGGCCAGCCCAGCAGAUGCCACAAUUGAGUCAGCCAGGCUAUCAGCAGCAACAAGUACAGAAAUCGGCCCAGGCAUCACAGUCGAGCCCGCAGGUACACCAGAGCUAUCAACAACAGGCACCAAAAUCCGCUCAGCAUGUAGCGCACACUCAGCAGCCGCAACAUCAAGUGCAAAACCACGCCCAACAAGCUCAGAAGUUCCCUCAAUCUUCCCAAGCUUCUCCGAUCCAGCUUUCACAGGCGUCACAACCUUUGCAGGCUUCUCAAUCAUCGCAAGUGCAUGCCCGCCAACAGGCGCAACCAGGACAGGCUUCUCAAGGCUCAAAUGCUCAUAAUAUGCAAGCACAGCACUCCCAGCAAGCACAUCGAACGACCCAGCAGCAAACUCAGCAGCCCCAGAAGGUCCAACAAGUUCAGCAGAGCCAGAAGGCACAGCAGGCACAACCAAAUCAACCAAAUCUGUCGAACCAGCAGCCUUAUCAACAACUUUACGCUCAACAAGCUCAGCAAGCCCAACGGUCGCCAUACCAGGCACAGAUGCAGAACCCCCAGCUCCAAUAUGCAUACCAACGCCAGUACCCCCAGGGACAAUACCAGCUGCAGUCGCCGCAAAUGCACACUUCGCAGACUCCCCAACAACACCAGUACCAUUUGCAAGCACAGUCUCAUAGCUCUCAGUCUCCCCAGCAAUCACUACUGCAGAAGCCGCAGCAACAAACACCUCAGGUGUCACAGCAGAGCACGCCGCAGUUGCAGCAGCAACAGGCACCGCGACCACAACAAUCGCAACAGCCGACUGCUUCCCAGGGCUCCGCGACUCGAGAGCCUAAGAAAAAGAAACCUGCUGUCAAGAAGGAAAAGCAGCCGAAGCCCACUCCGGCUAACGCCCCGCCUCACCCUGCCACAAACCAGGUCCCUGGAUCCCAAUUGCCCGGUUCUCAAUUCCCCGCGUCUCAACCGCCAGUGCCCCAAAAUCACGCACCCCAGGACCAGCCAGCCAGUCAACCAGUACCCCAACCGUCAGCUCAGGCAACCAACCACAUGAAUGGGAAGGCGCCCAUGACGUUUAUUUCGGAAAACUCAGCACAGAAGCCGACGAAACCAGGUGACCCGAAUCAUACGCCAAAAAAGCGAGGCCGUCCGCGAAAGCAGCCCGGGGACGAGACGAAACCAAGGAAGCCCAAGAAGCCGAAGAAUCCAGGUGACCCAUCCGCUGCGAUCGCCGCGUUGCCGCCCGGUCUCGCUGCCAUUCCAGGCGUGGGUGUACCUUUUUCAAUUGCGCCGCCCGCUUCAGCUGCGUCUGCUGGCGCCUCUGGUACAUCUGGUGCGCCAGGAGCUCCAGCUCCGAUUAUUGGCCCGGAUGGCAACCCCAUCCCUCAGAAGCGCAAACGUGGACGUCCACGUAAAUCUGAGACAGGUGAUACGCCUCGUAAGCCAAGACCACCACGGGAUCCGACAAAGCCGAAAGGCACGGGACGGCCUCGCGGCCGGCCGAGGAAGGUGGAUGUGGAAGCGAGGAAGAAGUUGGAAGCAGAACAAGCCGCCGCUGCGGGACAGUCUCAGAGCGGUCAGUCUGGCGAACCUGGGCAGGUUAACCAAACCGGACAGGUAAAUCAUGUUGGUCAGGUCCUCCAAACUGGCCAGGUCAACCAGCAGGCACAAAUUGGAACUCAAGCUGGGGCCCAACCACAGCCUAAUGCGCUUGCCCAAACGCACGGGUAUCCCCACGCUCAAACGCAUGCUCAAGCAUCGACCCAGCCUCAGCAACCUCAAGCUCAAAUACAGAGGCCCCAGAUGCAGGCUCAAAUGCAGGCGCAGAUGCAGACACAACCCCAAAUGCAAACGUCUCAUAUGCAAGCCCAGGGAAUGCAUUCCCAGCAUAGCCAACAUAGCCAGCACAAUCAACACACGCAGGCCCAACGGCAGGUGCAAAACCCAAUGCAGAACAUGCAAGGUCAAAUGCAAAGUUCCCAGCGACAAGCCCAACCCAUGCAAGCGCAACCGCAGAUGCAGGCGGCGAGCCAGAGGCCUCAGUCACAUGUGCAGGCCCAAGCUCAGAUGCAAGCCCAGGUACAUGCUAAGCCUCAAAUGCAGGUCCAGCCUCAGAAGGCUCAACCUCAAAUGCAAACUCAGCAGAUGCAGAGCAAACCCCAGGUGCAAGCGCAGGUAACCAAGCCUCAGACUCAACCUCAAGCUCAGCAAAUGCAGUCUAAACCUCAGACGCAGCCUCAAAUGCAAGCUCAGAUGCAUAGCCAGACUCAGCGACAGGUGCCGUCGCCGAUGCAAACUCAGCCUCAGUCUCAAAUGCAGGCCCAAAUGCACACUCAGUCCCAACGACAGGCGCCGUCACCGUUGCAGGCCCAAACCCAGCGGCCUUCCCACCAAAUGCCGCAACCGCAAAUGCAGGCUCACGCUCAUGGACAAGUCUCACAGGCUCCAACUCAUAGCCAUGUUCAGGGACAGGGACAAGCCCCGGCCAACUCUCUUCCAUACCCUCACUCCCACCCACAAGCGUAUCAAACGCAGUUCCAUGCGCAGAUGCAGCCACAGAUGCAUCACACGCAAUAUCCACAAUUCCAACACUCCCUCUCCCAUCAUCAACACCCUCUCCACUACCCGCAAUUCUCACACACACAACACCAAGCCCAACCGGGCUCACCGAUGACGUUGAACCAGGGCCAAAAGCGCCCCGGCUCGGUCCUCGAUGACGACCCUCGCAAACGAGCGUAUAUAAUGCCACAUCAACUAUAG